CGACCGGAUAUUGACGCUUUUGGAUAUAUUGUCCAUGGUUCAAUCCCGGGGACUGCUCGAGAUGGAAACCUCUCGGCUUCUCAGGUUCUCCACAUCGCGAACGAGACAAGACAUUCCCGGCAUUGAAAGGAACGACUUUACCUGAGGAGCAGAUUGCACGUCUUGUUAUUUAUUCAUUGUUACGUCAAUUGUAAAAGCUCUAGAAGCUCUUUCGUCCUCUGGCUGCAAUCGCAACGAAAAAGCAAACUGUUCAUCCAAUUCGUUGAACAAAUUCGAGACAUUUUCAGCAGGAUAUAUAGCGAACAUGAUCACACUCAGCUCGGACGAAUCUUUUCACUUUGAGCUCCUUCGGUUUCUGGCAUUGGCACGCUACUCUGGGUCUGACGUUGCUGAAGUUCUCCGACUCGCUGAUCGGAUUAUACCUGGCGACUUUGAAUCAUGGUACACAGAAUUCAACAAUCUGGCAGAGCGCAUUGAAUCGCAAGCCAACAAAAUCGACUUGUCCAAGCACCCAGUCUCCGCUCGUGACUUUUACAUGCGCGCAUCCAGCUACUUUCGGGGCGCGGACUUCUAUCUUCACGGUAACCCAAAGGAUCCGCGCAUACGAGGGCUAUGGCAGAAACAGGCAAGAUGUUUCGACAAGGCUCUGAGUCUGCUGCCGAUUCCCGGGAAAAGGAUAACAUUGAAAGCACAUGGUUUCGAAGUGCCCACCAUUUUCUAUGAAUCCUGGAUAACCCCAGCUGGCCUCGACCCGAAAGCACCAAGGCCAGCCAUUGUCAUAGGCAACGGUUUCGAUGGCGCACAGGAAGAAUCGAUGCAUUUCAAUGGCUUCGCCGCUCUGGAGCGAGGAUUCCAUGUCAUCACAUACGAAGGGCCAGGCCAGUGUACUGUCCGCCGAGAGCAAGGACUUGGGUUUAUUCCCGAAUGGGAAAAAGUGGUUUCUCCCGUCCUGGACUAUUACCUGUCAUACUCUUCAGCAACAGAUCCUAAACAUCCGGCCUCGUUAAUCGACCACAAAAAGGUCGGCCUCAUCGGUCUAUCGAUGGGGGGAUAUCUCGCUGCACGUGCUGCGGUUUUUGAGUCACACCGACUAGCUGCAGUGGCUCUUAACGAUGGUGUAUACAGCAUCGGGAUGGCAUUUGACACAAUGACUCCGCAAAAGAUCAAGGAUCAGAUUGCAGAAUUUGUCGCCAAAUCUGAAGGCACGGCGGAAUCGGCGACCAAAGAUCCCUCCGAUGCUCAGAUUGGAGCCGCUGUUGAGGCACUGCUUAAGCAGGUCAGUCAGGCAUCUGGCACAGCCCAAUUGCCGACGAAACUGCGGUGGGGCAUCACGCACGGCAUGUGGAGCUUCAAUGUCUCUUCGCCGGCAGAGUACUUGGAGCGUUCCCAGCUCAUGUCGCUGGAAGGCGGCCUAGCUCGGAAGAUCAGCUGUCCCGUCUGGGUGGGUGAGGCAGCUGAUGAUUUAUUCUUUGAGGGCCAGCCUGGGAUGUUAACGGAUGCGAUAAAUGAAGGCAAAGCAAAACAGAAUGCAACUAGAGUGAUCCUCACCGAGGAGGAUGCAGCAGGCGCACACUGUCACGUUGGUGCAGCGUGUCUUGUCAACAAGUUGAUAUUUGACUGGUUCGAGGACAUUAUCAAUGCCUCUGGUUGAAUUUGACAUUUUCACCUGUUUGACAUUUCAUUCCCUUGAGCAGCUUCUCUACGUCUGAAUUAUACUUCCAGCUAUCGGAAAUCCCCAACAAUUCAAAAUCCUUUUUCAGUGAUAUUAUUUACCGUUGGCUUAAUAUCCAAACUAUAUAUUCUUCAGUCA